AGAAACUUUUUUGUUCCAAAGCCCACCAUGACCUUUGUUUUAUAUUAAUCAGCAUUUGUUUUCAAGUAGAUUACCUAGUAAUCGACGAUGAACAAGAAUUCAGAGUUCUAUUUAAGGCAGUUGUGCGAUGUAUUAUGUUCCUUCAGAGCUCAUUUGAAUAUCUAUUAGUUGAGAAAUAAGGAGCAAGAGUGAGGGACAUACCAGUAAGUUGAGUUGUGCCAUGGCUUAUAGUUUCUCGGCCCAUCCUUUGUAUGACAAUGAACAGAAUGUUCAACUGAGUGGCCUUGAUUCGCGAAGUUCAGCCAUGGCUGAUUAUCCAUUUGUGCAUUUACAGAAUGUGAAUGAUGUUGCCUCGACCUGGAUUCCGACUUUAUCUGAUGAAACUGGGAGCUAUAAGAGGUUGAAAAGAACCACCAGCAUGGGUGAGUUUCUUGAAAGUACUUACAAUAGCCUGUACAGUAAGGGCAGUGUGGGAAGUAGAAGCAGCAGCAUGAUCAGUCGCACGAUCAGCACUAGUAGCUUGAAUAGCCUGCCAGGGCUCCACAUUCGAGACCACAUAAAGACUUAUACACAGAGGUACCUUGCUGCUGAAGGUGUUGAAGAGGCAACAUCAGAGAUUACUGGACCGGAGAAUGGGGAGACGAGAGAGGAUGGAGUUGCUGAUGGAAUGAGACUUGUGCAGCUUCUGAUAUCAUGUGCUGAAGCUGUGGCAUGUCGAGAUAAGUCACAUGCCUCAAUUUUACUGGCUGAACUCAGGGCAAAUGCUCUGGUCUUUGGGUCUUCCUUUCAGCGUGUUGCUUCGUGCUUUGUCCAGGGACUUACUGAUCGGCUGGCACUUGUUCAGCCACUAGGGACAGUUGGUUUAACUGCAGCAACAAUGAAUAUAAUGGACAUUGCAUCUGAGAAGAAGGAAGAAGCCUUACGCCUUGUCUAUGAAGUCUGUCCACACAUUCAAUUCGGACAUUUUGUAGCCAAUUUAUCGAUAUUGGAAGCCUUUGAGGGAGAGAAGUUCGUUCAUGUGGUGGACUUGGGCAUGUCCCUUGGUUUGCCACAUGGUCAGCAGUGGCGUCAUCUAAUUAAUAGUCUCGCCAACCGGACUGGCCAGCCUCCACAUUGUGUUAGAAUCACAGGUGUUGGCCUUUGCGUUGAUCAAUACCAGAUCAUUGGGGAUGAGCUCGAGGCCUAUGCUGGGAGCUUGGGAAUAAAUUUGGAAUUCUCAGUAGUUGAGAGUAGCUUGGAAAACCUUAGGCCUGAAGAUAUUAAACUCCGUAAAAACGAGGUUGUUGCAAUCAAUAGCAUUCUUCAGCUGCACUGUGUGGUGAAAGAGAGCAGAGGUGCAUUAAACGCAGUUCUGCAAAUAAUUCACGAGCUAUCCCCUAAGGUUUUAGUUCUUGUUGAGCAGGAUUCGAGCCAUAAUGGGCCAUUCUUCCUUGGGAGGUUUAUGGAAGCUCUGCAUUACUAUUCUGCAAUAUUCGAUUCUCUUGAUGCAAUGCUGCCUAAAUAUGACACACGACGUGCAAAGAUUGAACAGUUCUACUUUGCUGAGGAGAUUAAGAACAUCGUGAGUUGUGAGGGGCCAGCAAGGAUGGAGAGACACGAGAGGGUAGAUCAAUGGCGCAGGAGGAUGAGCAGAGCCGGGUUUCAGCCCGCACCAAUCAAGAUGAUUGCUCGGGCAAAAGAGUGGCUAGGAAAACGUGAGUACUGCGAAGGGUAUACCAUUGUGGAGGAGAAAGGGUGCUUGGUGCUGGGAUGGAAAUCUAAACCCAUUGUUGCAGCUUCGUGCUGGAAAUGCUAACGUAACGUCGGUGAAAAUGUUAAAAAGGAUUAGUUAAAGGAGUCCAGGCGUGGAAACUGGUAGAACCUGCUGCAUUAUGUAAAAAUUGAAUAAAAAAAUAGGAUGUACUAAAAGUGAAGAAAAACUCUAACCAACCUGUUGCAAGCAAAGGACGUAGGGAUAAAACAGAAUUGUUGAUUUAAUUGCAGAGGCGUGUAAAUCAAUGUACACAGACUAACUGAACAAACAAUGAAUAAGACACUAGUUGAAGAAUUACAGGCGGUGAUCUGUUCUUCCUGAAUGCCUGAUUCCCACGUUGAUUUCACAGAAAAUAUUCUGAGCGAGUCACUACAGAUCAUGCCUUCUUUCUGGAAUGUGUGAAUAUCAUCAGUGUCAAAUGGAGGAAUGGAGGCAAAAUUAACAUAACUUAGGUCGAUAUAGAAAGGAUCAUUAAGCAGCAAACAGUACAAUGCAAAGGGUUCUCAUAAUUUGUAGAGAACAUAUUUAUUAAUAUGAUAAACAUAUUUAUUUAAUGAUAUUUUCUACAUUUAAUUAUACAAUCAACUGAGUAGAAAAAGAAAUCAGUGUAGUAUAUAUACGAACUGAUCGAACCAAAUUAUGAGAACCCUGUUAUACAACAAAAGUUACACCUAUUGAAAGGUUGUCUACGCCAAAAAAUCUUUGAUUUUAAGGAGUUUCCAAGAUUUUUUUAAGUUUCAUCACUAUAAGAUCUUCAUGGUCAGAGUUCUCAAUCUUGCAAGUGACUUGGUGAACUCCAGAAAAGCUU